UGGGACACUUCCCCCAUCCUGACGUCAGCUGGAUGUGUGAUUUUUCCUUCCCAUCCCAGCCUCAAACUGACACAUUUACACAUCAGCUCUUCAGAAGCAACUUGAGGCUCAUGUACUGUAUGUGUACCUAAACACCCACACGUCCACACAUGAACACCAAUCAAUAUGCUGCCUGAGACUCUUCCCCAGCAGUGAUGCCUGCCUUCAGCCCUCCCACUCCUCUCGUCUGUGUGCUGCUGUGUGUGUCGGUGGCUCUGCAGCGCUCUGACCUGCGUCUGGCUUAUGUGACCCACAACAGCUUUUUCUACUACUCCUGCAGCCAGGACCCGCAGCCAUGCAGCGUCUCAUCACUUACAGACUGCAGAUGCAAGGACAUCCAGCUUUCCAUGCUGCAUCGCCCCCAGUCGCACUCGUCUCCCGUUUUCCGCAUGAGGCGUUUAACGGUUUGGUUCACGUCGCCAUUAAACACAGCACGUCUCCUCAACAACUCGGAGGUGAGGCACCUUACCCUGAUCCACUGUGGCCCUGGAGGAUCUAGACAAACACCUUCUUCUUCCCUGGAGGGACAUUUUGCUGUGCAGCACCUGGAGAGGCUGACGGUGGUGAACUUGGCGCAGAAGCCGGUUUACCACUGUCCAGAUGCAAACAGAGCCAAGAACACAGACUCAAACAGUGACCCAGACAGGGAUAAUGGUGCUCACCUUGACACAAAUACAUUCAACAGGAAUGUAUUGAAGAGAGAUUCCUUGGCUUUGUCUUCACCCCAGAUCCAAGACAUCUUCCUGGGCAGGGAGCUGGGAGCAGCGUUUCACGAACAGGCCAGACUGGGAAUCAUCCACAGCUCUGUGCUGGAGUGGGGAGCAGUAGUCAAAGCCUACACAGUUCAAACACACAUAGACGAUGACGGCAUGCUGCCUUUCCCUGACCUCCACCUGUCAAAAUUACCAGAGACAUCUGUCAUAUAUGUCAGCUUUGUAUACUGAUACCAGGUUACUUUUUGAGGCGUGCAGGAGAGAACAACGGGAAGAAGAUGAUCCAGUGUUGAGGUCCUGCAAACACUUUCUUGCUCACCAGAGAUAAAUAUGUUUAGGAAUCUGGGGUCUUUCUUGUUGAAGGCCUAUGGCUCUGAUUUACAUGGAUAACUCCAAAGAAAACACAUUUUUGCACAAACGCAAAACUAAAUUAGAUUUUUCUUGUCCAAUAGCUGCUCAGCUGUUUAUCAGCAUGUUAGAAGAAAAUAGAUCAACUAAUGAGAGACCCUCUGAGGGACCAGAAUAGCCUGCCAACCCCCUCCAGCUGACGUGUCCUCUCUAAAUGUUGUCUAUCCUUAUUGCCAAAAUGAAAUGACAGUGGUGGUAUGAUGGCUUUAGUUGAGCAUUUAUACUAACUUUGUUUUUCCUCUCUGCCACAAAGACAGAAAAUGUGAGCUUACAACCAUAUUGUGCAUUCCACAGAAGCUCUGAUCCGGUUGCUGAAUUCACACUAAAUAUAAAGCUGCUGACUGUCAGAUGUUGUGAAAAACAAAAGGGUUCUCUUGUAGGCCAAAAUGUCAUCACUAGAGGGAGGACAUUGAGCUAAUUUGGACUUCAGCGCAGCUCUUCUUUAGCAUUUAAAAUUAAACCACAAGAUGGCAGCAGAUACGCUUGAGUCAAAGAGGAAGAAGCCUACUGAAGUGUUGAGGAAGGACUGAGUGUACUGACAGUUUUUAAAGUCUACAACACUUAAAAGCACUUUAAAAGCUUGUGAGGAAUGUUAUUUGUUGAGGUACAUUGUGAAGAGUUAAACAAGUAUGGCAUGAUAUUUAUUUGUUUACAAAAUAUACAUUUACCAAUGUCAUCUCUUGCAUUGUUUACAACAAACAACAGAAAUAAAUUAUUUACUCAUCA